UCUCUCUCUCUCUCUCUCUCUCUCAUCGAGCGCCACCGUCGACGAGAACAGAGCUCGUCGGAAGAGGGGUUCGCGAUGGGGCUGGUGUUCAGAGUGAGGCUGUCAUCCUUCUUUGCCGGCGCCGCAAUCGCCUCCGUUGCCGGCUCUUACGUCCUCUACAAGGAUUACAAGCUUGCUCACCAAGCAGUCUCCGAUCAGGUGGCAGAGGUGUAUCAAUCUCUUGAAGAUCGAUAUGAAGCUCUGGAUAAUCGAGUGAGAUCAUUAGAAAAGCAAAAAGAAGCUGAGAUUGCCAUCACCCCAAUUGAAACUUCAGAAUAGGGAGAUGGUUUUUUAUAAGUGCCAAGAAUAAAUCCCAGCUCACGCUAACGAUUUGGAUGUGUUAAAAGCUAAAGAAUUCCCUUUUUCAUAGUGGGAAAAUUUUGUAUGAGUUCCCUA